AUGGUUUCUAAUUUGACAGAAGUUGAGUUCACUACUUUGAACUAUGUAGCUUCUAUCUUAAUGAUUAUGAAUGGUAUUUUUGGAGUAAUUUGCAAUGCAUCUGUGAUUUAUAUCUUUAUUUGUGAACCUUCUGAACGGACUUCCUUCAAUUUGAUUUGCGCAUACAGAAGUAUCGGGAAUUCAGUAAUCUUAGUUUGGGGAUUCAUUGGAACAUUUGUUCCCAUCACAUUGAAAGAAAGCUCUUCAUUCUCAAAUGUCUAUGAAACUAUCGUAAUCAUAUCUUGUAACAACAUUUAUAUUGCUGUACAGUAUUGUGGAUUGUUGAUUGCUUUGAAUCGGUUUUGUGCAAUGUUCUUUCCGUUAUGGUACGCGAAAUUUUUUAGUAUCAAAAUCACAUUUGUUAUUGUGGUAUUUCACUUUGCUUUAAAGUUAGCAGAUAACAUUUACUACCUUGUAACCAUUCUUCCCAAGGAUUGUUACACUCUAUUCUCCUACAAAACAUUAUCAUGGAUCCCAAAUAUGGAUCCAAAAUGCCAUAAUGGUAUUCCCAAUCCAUUCAACAAUACUGCCAUACUUCUGAUUCUUCUGAUUGUUAUGAACGUUGCUACAUUCUCAAGGAUUUACUUCUUUUUUAAAUCGACAGAAACGGAACAAGGAGAAAUGAGGAGAAAGUCUAGAAAGAACAAUUUAUUGUUCUCCCAGACUGUAUUCCAAGAUGCUAUUAUGUUGAUAGAUAUGCUUUUCACAUUCAAACUCAGUGAGAUAAGUAAGCAAAGAUAUUGGACAUUUAUAAGUGUUACACUGGUUUGGCAGUGUGUUCAUUCCAUUGAUGGAUUUGUUAUGGUUAUGUUCAACGAACGACUCUCACUUUUAAAAAGCAGAUUGUUCGGAUCAAGGGAAGAAGCCAGUCACACUAAUCCUCAAAUUUGGGUAUCUGUGAGACACUGA